AUGACUACAAAGUAUCCCUCCACGAUGAGCUGCACCGAGGCUUUUGAUCAGCUCAGUGCUUGCUAUUCGGUCGGUGGCCAGUUCCGCAACUACUAUCGGUUUGGCGACUUUAAUGCGUGUACUAAGCAAUUAGAAAAGUUCAAGUUCUGUAUUCUACAUGGGACCGACCCCGUGGAAAUCCAGCGUUGGUACCAGAAACAAGCCGAACAGAACGCGGAGAACUGCGGCAGCUCCGAGGACAUCUGGCAAGAGAGAAAGAGUAACUAG